CGAAACAUACAGCUACGUGUGUACAAUACAGCAAUCACACACCCCAAUAUGUCAGGAGGUAAUCCACUCCAUCGUUCACGCCACUGACAACCUCUAUCACACUCACUUGAAUGUGCUCCCGAUCACAAUAGCCUGCCAUGGGCUUCAUAUCCUCCAAAAUCCUCAUACAGGCUCAUGCCUUUUUGCUAGUCUUUCUAGCCGUUCAUUUGAUGAGGUCACCAGCAGUCAUCACCGACUCCGACGUCGUAUUCAUGCUAGGAGAGCUCCUGCAAUUGGAUGCAUCUCCAUCGUUCUCCCGUCCUCAAUCCCCCUUUGCCCUGUGCGGAAUCCUUCUGAUCGUCGACGCCCUGGUCGACUACAUCCUUGUUUCCAAGAUUCCGCAGACCAAUGAGGUCCUUGCAAUGGCUGAGGCAGCACGGUCUCAGGCUCCGGGCUCUGUGGCAGGGGCUAUGCGCGCGAACCCCUUCAUGGCUCGGCUCGGCUCGCUCUACUCAGAAGUCUGGACGUUCCUUUCCGCCACACGCUUUUGUGUCUUCUUCGCCGUCUCAUUUUUUGUCUACCAAAGUCAGCCGUCUGCGAGCGGUAUCAUGGAGGACUCAGGGGCAGCGUCUGCAUUGACACAGCUGAAGAACCGGGCAAUUUUCACAUUCGGGUUUAUGGAGAUGAUGUUCUGGCUCUGGAUAUUCGUUACUAUCCGGGAGGAGAAACAAGCAGUGGCUUCACGAUUUGUAGAGCGUGAUCAAUAGCUUCUCUAUCUAUGGCACAUACAAGGCAAUGCUAAGAAUGUAAGUGCCUCGUGGCAGAAAAACAUGCUCGAGUUCGCACCCCACAUAUCACAAUGGUUGAUGGCCUCCUUCGGGCUGCGCCAAACGGAUUCAGUUCUCAGAGCCUUGAAAGUCCAGCGUGAGACUAGGGCUUGGAGCAGAUAUCACAUCGAGAAGAUGGCGGCGGGGGACCAUGACAAAGUCAUCCCGCCAAGCCUUCAUCCGAAAUUGUUAUGUCAAUGUACGUACAUUAUCCCUAAGCAAGAAAUGCAACGAGAGCCAUGCC